CCUUCGUCGAUAUCCUUCCUCUCUGGGUAUCUCCUCCCUCUCUUCUCUCAGCUUUCCCAUCUUCGUCGGUGUCGGAGCUUAUGGCGUCGUCUCUCCUGAAAAACCUAAUCCGUUCGCAAGUUCUUCCUCUGUCCAGAAGGAACCACAGCCUCAUCGGCACUCAAAUUAGCAAUCACACUGCCAAAUGGAUGCAGGACACAAGUAAGAAAUCACCCAUGGAACUGAUAAAUGAAGUUCCACCUAUCAAAGUUGGGGGAAGGAUCGUUGCUUGUGAAGGAGACACCGAUCCGGCUCUGGGUCAUCCCAUUGAGUUCAUAUGCCUCGACUUGGACGAGCCUGCAGUCUGCAAGUACUGUGGCCUCCGCUAUGUGCAAGAUCACCAUCACUAGUCCAAGCUUUGAAGUUUAUAAAGUCUUUUAAUUUUCGGCACAUAAUAAGAGAGGGUUCAAUCGCAAGUGUGAUAUGGUGUGCGAUUGCACUAGGCUUGGAUUCCUUUACAAUGUUUUGUUUCUCAGGUUUGCAACUCCUUGUGGAAGAAUAUAUCACAAGAGAACAUUGUGUUGAUCUUUAUGCAGCUGUCUGAAUCACUUGUUGUUCAGAAAUGUUUAAAGGGAUUAGGAAUUCCCAUUAAAUUUAAAAAA